GGAGGCCUGGUCAGGAUGUUUAAGGCCAGUCUUUCCAUAUUGCCUGCCAAACGGACCGCCUUUCAUCCAGUUUUUAUGGUCUUCUGUCCAUUACUGAGACCCUUCCCAGAGGGUACUGUCGGGGCCCUACCAUAGUUGCGUUUUUUUUAUGGCUUACAUAGCUUGUGAUUUCGAAUUCUCCUUUUUUAGCUUAAAUAUUGCUGUGUAAUGAUUAAGGGCUAGGCUCUUCCCGGAGCUGGCAGUUUUCCAAGGAAUCCCAUCCUUUACACUUUUAGGUAGAUUUGAAGUAAAAAGUGAGAGCAUCAUUCUCCCAUCAGUAUCCUGUCAUCACAGAACGUCAGAAUUAAGUUACCUCAGACAGCAGCUAGAGCUAAAGCAAAGCCCACACUUUAAAGAGGAAAAGCGUCUUUUCUGGCGUCAGUCCACCAACACUCAUUCCAUUAUCAGUCAGUAAUUCUGGGCUCCUCCCCCACGGGGGCCAAAAAGAAAAAACAGGCAAGCCGCGGUGCCAUCUGUCCGCGUCCACUCCCCACUCCCCAUCCCCCGUCUCGGGCCAGACCAAAGCCGUGCCGGCGCGCCGCAGGCAGCCCUGGCGGGGCCUUUCCUACCUCCUAACGCUGGGCCCCUCCCUCACGUUGCCUCUGUGCCUGCGAACAUGGCGGCGCCCAUUGUCACGGCCCCGGGCAGAGCUCUGCUGCGGGCGGGCGCGGAGCGGCUGCUGCGGGGAGGCCUCCGGGAGUUACUGCGGCCGCGACAUGAAGGGAACACCCCUGGCCUGGAGCGCGACUUCAGCCUCUCUCAAAAUCGGGACACGGUCGUCGUGGAGCGCUGGUGGAAGGUACCGCUGGCCGGGGAGGGCCGGAAGCCGCGCCUGCACCGGCGACACCGCGUCUAUAAGCUGGUGGAGGACACGAAGCAUCGGCCCAAAGAAAACCUGGAGCUCAUCCUCACGCAGUCCGUGGAGAAUAUUGGAGUCCGGGGUGACCUGGUCUCAGUGAAGAAAUCUUUUGGCCGGAAUCGACUCCUUUCUCAGGGACUGGCUGUAUAUGCAUCUCCUGAAAACAAGAAGCUGUUUGAAGAGGAGAAAUUGCUGAGACAAGAAGGAAAAUUAGAGAAGAUCCAGACCAAGGCAGGUGAGGCGACAGUGAAAUUUCUAAAAAGCUGUCACCUGGAGGUAGGGAUGAAGAACAAUGUCAAAUGGGAGCUGAACCCUGAAAUUGUUGCCCGCCACUUCUUCAAGAAUCUUGGUGUUGUGGUCGCCCCACAUACAUUAAAGUUACCAGAAGAGCCUAUCACACGGUGGGGCGAGUACUGGUGUGAGGUGACGGUGAGUAUGUUGGUUUCUAUCCUAUUUGAGCUCACCUACCACUCUGAGUCAGUUAAUCACUUUCGUCCCGUCUCUGUUAAUGAGACGUCUGUCAUCAGUAGUUGUACUGACAACCGUAGCCAACUUCAUCCUUGA